GCCAGGAAGUUAUACAGCAGAGAAGCAGGUCGAGGGAAAGAGCAGCCACUACACCUUCGUUUUACAAAUGUAGACUUUCAAAAAGUAAUAGACAAGGCUAAAAGAACUGGAUGGACGUGAAAAGGCAACAUGCGUAGCCUAUGUGGUCCAAUAGAUGAAAUGGCGGUGAGGCAGAGGAUUUUCAACUCCACGUCCCCCUUCUCUGGGACGUCCCAGGUGGAGCUGAAGGGGCCGUUCCCAGUCUGCACAGCUUCAGAGCAGGACACUGAGGACGAGGAUGAAGAUGGAAACAACAAACUGAACAACCCUUUACUGAGAAAACUGCAUAAACUGUGGAAGUAUGGGACUGCAGAGCAGAUCGGAGAGGGGCCGCUAAAGACCUCCAGCUUCAUUGCUCAGGCUGAAUGUGAAACCCAGGACUCUCAAGUAUUCAGCCCAUCGUAUUCCAAAUGCUACGUUCCAUCCCCAAACUGCUUCUCCAUCAGCCAUUCUUCUGAGCCCAACAAUGUAGCCUCCCCAGCUCCUGCAUCCAUCCAAGAUCUGAGCAGCUCCUCACCUCAAAACAACAGCAGAAAGAAAGCCCGCAAGAAGCAGAAGCGCAAAGGCAAGAAGAAAACAGAGAAGAAGAGAGCAGAGCGACAUCGACAGCGGGUGCCGUCUGGAGUCCCUGAACAAGAGAGUGGGAGCUCUCUGCUAUGGAUGCAGGAAGAGUCUUUCUCUGGCUGCAGAAGUGGUCUCAGCAGCUCUUGUUGUAGCAGUGUUGAGUGCUCGGAGGUGCAGAGCCCACAGUCUUUUUACAGUAAACCUGUGUACAACAUAAGCUCGGCUGUUCCCUGGACCACACCUGGCCCCGGCUGUGGAUUCCUGGGGUCUUACGGACAGGAGCGCGACUCGGACUCCUCCAGCAGCAUUGGAGACUGCUCAUUAGCUUUAGCCGGCCUCAGGGGCAGUGUUAGCCAAGGAGACCCAUGUUUCGCUGGACCCUUCUUCAAAGAUUUAGAGCAGGACGUAAGAGAACAAGAAGAAGAGCUGUCCACAUUUUACUCAGACACAAAUGAGGGAUUGAUAUUUUACAAAGAGGAAAUACAGCCUCUAGACUCUGAAUACAGAGAGGGGAGGGAGUACAUCUUCACAGACUUCAUCAAAGAAGGCUCCUACGGGGAGGUUCAUACUGCAAAAGAUGUGAACACAGGUUUCACAUUCGCUGCCAAAAAGAUUGCUCUGAAGCGGUUCAACAGUGAGGAGGUGGGUGCGUGGAGUGCCCUCAAAUCCUCUCGUGUGGUGGAGCUGUUUGGAGUGGUCAGAGAAGGGCCCAAUGUCGUCCUUUUCAUGGAUCAUAAAGCUGGCUCUUUGGGGCAGCUGAUAUCAGAGAGGGGACGACUUCCCGAGGAUUUAAGUCUCCACUACCAGUGUCAAGUCUUCACAGGUCUAGAGUAUUUAGUGAAGAAAAGAGUUGCCCAUCUGGACAUAAAAGCUGACAAUGUGUUGCUGUCAGCUGAUGGUCGAGACACUUUUCUUUGCGACUUUGGACAUGCAGAAAGGCUUGAUAAACAAGGACACAGCCUCAGCAGAUCCAGAGAAAUGAAAGGUACAGAAACGCACAUGGCCCCUGAAAUGGUGAAAUGUGAACCCCGUGGAGCUAAAGCAGAUGUGUGGAGCAGCUGCUGUAUGUUUCUUCAUAUGUUAAAUGGGUGCCAGCCUUGGACUCGGUACUACAACUGCCUACUGUACCUCAAGAUUGCAAAUAAGCCACCACCUUUGAGAGAAAUCCCGUCAGACUGCAGCCCUUUCACUGCUGAGGUGUUCAAAGCCGGUCUACACAAGGACCCAGUGAAAAGAGCAUCAGCGUCUGAACUCAAAAUAAAAACUGCGAGAGCUUUACAAGAAGUGGGAGGACUCACCAGCUCCGUUAAGGGACCAUACAUUGAACCUCUGUACAAUGUCAACAAACCACCGGACAAUCAUUUUAGCAACAGUGUUGAAGAAACAGAGGAACUUCCAGAAUCUGCCAAAGUAUGGAGUCUGGAUAAGCCCAAGAGAGGAAUAGGUGAUGACAACCUAAAGUCUGAUCAGUUAGACCUGGACUUGGCCCCGUGUGUUCAAGUCUCCCUAAUUGAAAACAUUCACAAAGAAAGAAACAAGAUCACAACUGUGCCUGAGCUGGAGUUACGUAAACUAGAAAGAGACUUCUACUUGAGCAGCCUGUCACAGCUCCAUUCAGCAGAGAUGCAGGAGCAGCUGUUGUCUUGUAUCAGCAGCGACUACUCCAAUAGAGACCAGUGGGAGAAAAAGGACUCCGGACGCUGGUCCCUCAGUCCAGGAGAUGACUUCAGCUCCGGUGUUUUCUCCUGUAACAGCCAACCAGACGGACAGGUGUUCAGCAUGGACUUUCUUGGCCCGUCACAGUUUCCACCUCCCUCUUGUUUUGAAGGAGUGGAUGUGUGCAUCAGAGACUUCAGUCACAGAAGUAUCCGGAUCAGAGAAGCCCGGCGGGUGACAGUGGGACACAUCGCCACAGGCAUCAGUGAUCAGAUAUCAGAGAGAGUUUUUACCUUGGAGACACACACAGGCCAACAGAUCGGUCACACUGAGGAAGUGCUGGAGUCUGGACUUGAGCUCUGCUGUGUCUCUGCACCUGACUUCAGUCCCACCUGGAGAUGGAGGGUGAAAGAUGGCGUUCUUGAGACCAGAUAAAGAACUCAUUGUACCAUUUAAAUGUGUCUGAAAUCCCUUACUUUUUCCAUGCCUUAUAAACAGUUGCCUUUUUAACUUCUGAAUGUGUUUUUCGCCAACCAUGGUAUUUUUUCCCCCCAAAACAUACCAAAUAAAUGUUUUUUUU